AUGGGGCCAUGGGGCAGAUGCAUGGGCAGUGACUGUGGCCCAGGAGGCAGCCAGAGUCGGGCUGUGUGGUGUGCCCAUGUGGACGGCUGGACCACCCUCCACACUAACUGUGACCAGUCCCAGCGGCCUUCCAACCAGCAGAACUGCUUCCGUGUGUGUGACUGGCACAAGGACCUUUACGACUGGCAACUGGGUGCCUGGAACCAGUGUGUGUCCGUGUCAGCAAGGACCUUUGGGGGCAUGCGGCCAUACGUAUGCAAUGGGGGUGAGGAGGGCAUUCAGACUCGGGAGGUGGGCUGCAUACUAAAGUCUGACGAGUCUCCCGGAGAGGACACCAUCUGUGAGUACUUUGAGCCCAAGCCUCGACUAGAGCAGGCCUGCCUCAUCCCCUGCCCUCAGGACUGUGUAGUGUCUGAGUUCACCCCCUGGACGUCCUGCUCAAAAACCUGUGGAACCGGCCUAAAGAACCGGGUGCGCAGUGUCCUGGUGCCUCCGCUCUUCGGGGGUUCCGCCUGCCCCAACCUGACCGAGUUCCAGACCUGUAAGCCAGGGCCUUGUAAGGGGCCUGAGGGGGUGUACAGCCUCAGGGUGGGGCCCUGGACGUCCUGUUCUCUCCCCAUUUCCCGGCCGGUGCGGCAGGCCAAGCGUAGGAAGGGUAAAGGGGGGGCCAGGGAGAGGCCUGGGGUCAAAGACCCUGAUACUAGGGAGCUGAUCCAGAAGAAACGGACCAGGAACCGGCUCAACAGGCAGGAGAGUCCCUUCUGGGACAUCCAGGUGGGAUACCAGAGUCGCACGGUGUCCUGUGCACACAGGAACGGGAGCACGGUGGGACUCAGUCGGUGUCUACCCAGGGACCUCCCUCUGACGGUCCAGUCCUGCAUCCUCGCUAAGGACUGUGAGCUGAGCGAGUGGGCAGACUGGGGCCCCUGCUCCAAGGCCUGUAUAGACCCAGACCCUGAGUCCCCCCGGGGCCAACGCUCCAGGACCAGACGCAUGCUCCAGUUCUCCGUGGGGGAGGGGGAGGACUGCCCGCCGCUGGAGGAGACAGAGCCAUGUGACCCCCAGUGGGAUGGAGUACCGCCCUGUGCCACUUACACAUGGAGGACUACAGAGUGGAGCGACUGUAGAGUGGACUCGUUGCUAAGCCAACAGGACCGUCGGCGUAGCAACCAGACCGGCCUGUGUGGUGGAGGGCUCCAGAAUCGAGAGGUGUACUGUGUCCAGGCCAACGCCGAACUGCUGACCUACCUCAACAACCUCAAAGACAAAGAUGAGGGUCAGACCCCAAACCAGCAGAAGCCUAGUGUUCCCCCUCUUCUAUCCAUCAGCUUUGAAAUUACAGCAUCCCGUCCUGUGGACAGCAAGCUGUGUGGAGGUCCCGUCCCCAACACGUCCCAGCUGUGUCACAUCCCCUGUCCCAUCGAGUGUGAAGUGUCCCCAUGGGGGGCCUGGGGACCCUGCACCUAUGAGAACUGUGAUGUCCAAGAAGGGAAGAAAGGUUUUAAACUGAGGAAACGGGAGAUCAGCAAUGCGCCGACGGGUGGACCAGGGAACUGCCCUCACCUGGUGGAGGCUGUCCCAUGUGAUGAACCCAGCUGCUGGGACUGGCGCCUAGUCAGACUGGAUGAGUGUAGCCCCGACGGGGAGCUGCCGUGUGGCCCUGGGACACAGAUACCUCAGGUCCAGUGUGUCAACAGCACCGGUGACAUGGUGGACAGGGAGCUGUGUGGGGGAGCCCCUGCCCCUGAGCCCAUCGCCUGUGAGGUGCCUUGCCCUAAGGACUGUGUCCUCAGCGACUGGACCUCCUGGUCUUCCUGCUCCCAAACCUGUUCCAGCAAAACCAUUGAGGGCAAGCAGCUGAGGACCCGCUCCAUACUGGCCUACAACGCUGGCGAAGGUGGUGGCAUGUGCCCCAACAGCAGUUCCCUGCAGGAGGUGCGGAACUGCAACGAGCAUGCAUGUACGGUGUACCACUGGCAGACUGGCCUCUGGGGCCCCUGUACUGAAGACCCCUCAGCCUCAGCCCUCAACACCACCACUGGCCCCAGGUCUGCUGCUGGCCCCAACACCAACGGGCAGGGCCCCUGCUCCCAAGGCAUGCAGACACGCAAGGUCAUCUGUGUCCGGGUCAAUGUGGGACAGGUGCCGCCCAAGAAAUGUCCUGAGAGUCCUCGUCCAGGUACAGUGCGGCCCUGUCGAAUGCCCUGUAAGAAGGACUGCAUCGUCACCCCCUUCAGCGACUGGUCCCAGUGCUCUCCCACCUGUGAUGCAGCUGGUAACAUUCAGAAGAAGAAGCAGUCGAGAAACCGCGUCAUCCUCCAGCUGCCAGCCAACGGGGGCCAAGACUGUCCUGAGGUGCUGGAGGAGAAGAAGGACUGUGCGGCUCCCAAAGUCUGCCCUGGUUACAGGUGGAAGUCACACAAAUGGAGAAGGUGUCAAUUGGUGCCAUGGUACAUCAGGGAGGACAGCCCAGGGGCUCAAGAGACAUGUGGACCAGGUCUUCAAACAAGAGCCGUGUCCUGUCGCCAGCUGGAUGGAGCGCAGGCAGACAUUGGGGAGUGUCUGAAGUUUGCCAACACCAUGCCCCCCAUCACUCAGCGGUGCCAGCUCCCAUGCCAGGAUGAUUGCCAGCUCACCAACUGGUCCAAGUUCUCGUCCUGCACAGCUGACUGUGUGGGGGUCCGAACAAGGAAGAGGUUACUUGUAGGGAGAAGCAAGAAGAAGGACAAGUGUAAGAACACCCAAAUGUACCCUCUGAGCGAGACCCAGUACUGCCCAUGUGACAAGUACAACGCCCAGCCCGUGGGCAACUGGUCCGACUGCAUCCUGGCCGGGGGGGACCGCGUGGAGGGCCUCCUGGGCAUGAAGGUGCAGGGGGACAUCAAGGAGUGUGGCCAAGGCUACCGCUACCAGGCCAUGGUGUGUUACGACCAGGACAACAGACUGGUGGAGACCACACGAUGCAACAGCCACGGCUACAUUGAGGAGGCAUGCAUCAUCCCCUGUCCGUCAGACUGUAAGCUCAGUGAGUGGUCCAACUGGUCCCGCUGCAGUAAGUCAUGUGGUAGCGGGGUCAAAGUGCGUUCCAAGUGGCUCCGGGAGAAACCCUACAACGGAGGGCGACCCUGCCCCAAACUGGACCACAUCAACCAGGCCCAGGUGUAUGAGGUUGUGCCCUGUAUUAGUGACUGUAGUCAGUAUGUGUGGGUGGCUGAACCCUGGAGUGUGUGGAAGGUCAGCAACGUGGACCUGAAGGAAAACUGUGGAGAGGGCGUCCAGACACGCAAAGUCAGGUGUAUGCUGAACACUAUUGACGGUCCAUCUGAGUCUGUGGAGGACUACCUGUGUGACCCAGAGGACAUGCCCCUGGGGACACGGGGAAGCCGGCUGCCCUGUCCCGAGGACUGUGUCCUCUCUGACUGGGGCAGCUGGAACCGCUGCAGCCUGCCAUGCAGUUACAACAACAGCAGGAAACGGACAGCCUACGCCAUCAGGUCACCUGGAGCAGGGAGACCAUGUCCAGACACCACAGAGAAGGAGCCAUGUCGUUUGAACCUGAACUGCUUUCACUAUUUCUACAACAUCACAGACUGGAGCACAUGUCAGCUAAGUGCCAAUGCUGUGUGUGGGAACGGCGUCAAGACGCGGAUGCUGGAUUGUGUACGCAGCGACGGCAAGUCUGUCGACCUCAAGUUCUGUGAGGAGCUAAGCCUGGAGAGGAAGUGGCAGAUGAACAUUUCCUGUGUGGUGGAGUGUCCCGUCAACUGCCAGCUGUCUGAUUGGUCGGCCUGGUCGGAAUGCUCGCACACGUGUGGACUGGAUGGGAGGAUGUGGCGGAGCAGGGUGGUGGUGCAGGCGUCCCAGGGAGACGGGCGUCCCUGUCCCUCUCAGUUGGAGCAGUGGAAACCUUGUCCUGUCAGACCCUGUUACAAGUGGCAGUACAGCCCCUGGUCUGAGUGCAGAGUGGAGGAGGUGGUAUGUGGAGCUGGACUUCGCUACCGGAACCUGUCGUGCUUCGUGUCGGACGGCUCCAGAGAGGGAGAGGGCAGCAUGGUGGAGGAGGAGCAGUGUGGGGGUCUGGAGCUGGCUGUCAACAGGGACACACUGAUCAUACUGAAGGAGACCUGUGUUCUGCCCUGUCCAGGUGAAUGCUACCUGAUGGAGUGGUCUGACUGGAGCCCGUGUCUGAGUGUGUGUGCCAAAGGGGCCGGCGUGGACUUUGGCUCUGUCCAGGUGCGCUCGCGAGCCGUCAUGGCCCAGGAGCCCGAGAACAUCCAGCUGUGUCCUGACCAGGACUGGGAGUCCCGACCCUGCACUGAUGGGGAGUGUUAUGAGUACAAGUGGAUGAGCAGCACGUGGUCAGGCUCCUCUCGCAUCACCUGGUGUCAGCGCUCUGAUGGACUCAACGUCACAGGAGGAUGUCCCCCUAUCAAUCCUCCAGGGGAUGACAACAACUCCUGUGACCCGCCGUGUCAAAUGCCAAUGUCCUUCUGUACUGAGGCUGGCGUGUGCAUGUGCGAGGAGGGCUACACCGAGGUGAUGUCCUCCAGUGGCCAGCUGGACCAGUGCACCCCCAUCCCAGUUCUGGAGAUCCCCACAGCCGGGGACAAGAAGACUGACGUGAAGACCAGCCGUGCCAUCAACCCCACCCUGCCUGCCACCAUACAGCCUGGACGCACCGGACGCACCUGGUACCUGCAGCCCUUUGGACCAGAUGGCAGGCUGAAGAUGUGGGUGUAUGGUGUAGCAGCCGGAGCCCUGGUGCUGCUCAUAUUCAUAGUGUCUAUGAUAUACCUAGCUUGUAAAAAGCCAAAGAAACCACAGAGACAGAGGCAGAUGAACAACCGAUUGAAACCUCUCACCCUAGCCUAUGAUGGGGACGCUGACAUGUAGGACUCUGGGAUAGCCUAGUCCUCCAGAGACCUGCCACACCUGCCAUAAAAACAAAGAGACAUAUCCCAUCAUAGGAAGGACAGGGAUGUUUUCAUCUGCAGAUCAGAAGAAGACCAACGGCCAUCUUGAAUCCAUUGUGGGUCCUCGUGAGUUAAAUGGUGAUUGGAAUUGAGGAAACAUUUCUCCACUUAGACAUAUUUGGGGUUAGUCCAUUUCAAGCAGCAGUUCUCCUUUUUCCCCUUUUAUUUUUUGAUAUUUCCUUACGCAAAAGCCUUCACAGCCUCCACUCACUACGAGGAAAAAGCCUUUUUUUGUUUCCCCUUAUUUGUCA